AUGCCUAAGAAGAUCACAGCUCUUUUCCAAGCUCCCCUGGACAGCAAGUGUGAGAUUUCUUUCAUACAAUUUCUCAUUGAAAACUGUCUCAAGAUAUUUGGAGAAGAUAUCACGUCUCUCUUUGGACCGAAAUCAGUGAGUUGUGAUAACAGUGAUAGCACUGACAUCACUGAUAACAGUGAGAAGGUUGCAGACAAGAAGACAGUUAGCAAGAGUUCUGUCAAAACCUGGGCCUUUUGGUGUAGCUCCAGGACUCGCGAGGACAACCAACACCCACCUCUACCACCCACAAAGCCAAAACAGCUCUUUGGAGCUCCUCUUGAGGAUGUAUGUGAUAACGACAGCCUGCCCACCCCAAUUCUGGAUAUGCUUUCCUUUAUCAACAAAAACGGGCCGUUCACAGAAGGCAUCUUUAGAACAUCAGGCAAUAUACAGUCACGCAGGGCCCUAAAGGAGAAACUAAACUCAGGGGACAAAGUGAACUUGGAUGAUGAGUCCAUUCUUGUGGUAGCAUCCACCUUAAAGGUAAGGAACGUUUGAGCCUUAUCCACACACAGA